AUGCUUGCAAAUCAAGCAAGCACAGAGAAGCGCUUCCUCCUGCUGGGUUUCUCCGACUGGCCCUCCCUGCAGCAGGUCCUCUUCGCCCUUGUCCUCCUCUGCUACCUCCUGACCUUGACCAGCAACUCGGCGCUGGUGCUGCUGGUGGUGCGCGACCCGCGCCUGCACACGCCCAUGUACUACUUCCUUUGCCACCUGGCCCUGGUAGACACGGGCUUCACCACGAGUGUGGUGCCGCCGCUGCUGGCCAACCUGCGCGUACCCGCGCUCUGGCUCCCGCGCAGCCACUGCACUGCCCAGCUGUGCGCAUCGCUGACGCUGGGUUCCGCCGAGUGCGUCCUCUUGGCUGUGAUGGCGCUGGACCGCGCUGCCGCAGUGUGCCUCCCGCUGUGCUACGCUGGCCUCGCCUCCCCGGGCCUCUGCCGCGCUCUGGCCGGCGCCUCCUGGCUAGGCGGCCUCACCAACUCCGUCGCGCAAACUGCGCUCCUGACUCAGCGGCCCCUGUGCGCGCCCCGUCUGCUGGACCACUUCAUCUGCGAGCUGCCAGCGCUGCUCAAGCUGGCCUGCAGCGGCGACGGAGACGCUACCGAGAGCCAGAUGUUCGCCGCCUGCGUGAUUAUCCUGCUGCUACCGUCCGCCGUCAUCCUGGCCUCCUACGGUGCCGUGGCCCGAGCUGUCUGUCGCAUGCGGUCCAGCGGAAGCCGGAGGAGGGCGGUGGGCACUUGUGGGUCCCACCUGACAGCCGUCUGCCUGUUCUACUGCUCGGCCGUCUACACUUACCUGCAGCCCGCGCAGCACUACGACCAGGCGCGGGGCAAGUUCGUAUCGCUCUUCUACACCGUGGUCACACCUGCCCUCAACCCGCUCAUAUACACCCUCAGGAAUAAGGAAGUGAAGGGGGCGGCGAGGAGGCUGCUGGGGAGCCCGGGGAGAGGCCAAGCUGGACAGUGA